UGUUGUUAACAMAAUGAUAAUGAUUGUCCCUUUCUUUUACGAGCACUCGGACUGCAUUUAAAGACGUCUUCGCGUCAUGACAGUAGGCUUCAGUUGGUGUAACUGACUUAGUUCAAACAUGAACCGUGACUCGCUCCUCAACAAAAACCUAAGUCCUCCUUUAUCCCGUAUAUCAAUAUCUAAUGGAACUUCACUAUCCAACUCAUAUGUCAGCAAUUCUGGUGGAGGCCAAUUCAGAGAACCAAGUUGGAUCCCUUCAAUUCGCGGUUCCAAUGGCUCGUUGUCAUUCCCGUCAAGAUCUACAAACCUGAUUCCACCUAGUGUAUUCGAUACGUUCGAUGACUCUCACCUACUGUCAGUGCAACAGCCUGAGGCUUCGCCCAAAUACUUGACGAAACAAUCCAAGCAGAGUUACUCGAUCCCUGGGCUUCAUGCUACACACGCGCCAGAUACGUACGACGCACACGACAUCUUAGACCAAAUAUCCGCUUCUCUUCAGCCGUCUUGUUCUGUUAGUGAUUCAUUUGAUAAACCGUUCGAAACUCCAUCGCCCAUAAGCCUUACUGCGGCGGGACAUUCUUUACAUACAAUCCAUUCUUCUCUCGGAGCUCCUAAUGAUGACAUGAACCCCAGAGAGCUCGAAUGGUUUGCAGAACGAUUCAAGCAGAGAAGAAUUAAGCUCGGGGUUACUCAAGCCGACGUCGGGACAGCACUUGCACACUUAAAGAUCCCCGGAGUCGGUUCUCUGAGUCAGUCGACUAUUUGCAGGUUUGAAUCGCUGACUUUGAGUCAUAAUAAUAUGAUGGCAUUAAAGCCAGUUUUGACGGCAUGGCUUGAAGAAGCUGAGAAAGCUUAUAAAACGAAACAGAUGAACAGUGCUUUCUUGCCAAAUUCUGACAAGAAAAGAAAACGUACUUCCAUUGGGGCAGCCGAGAAACGGUCCCUGGAAGCUUAUUUCGCAAUGAACCCUCGCCCAUCUAGCGACAAGAUCGCGUCGAUAGCUGAGAAACUAGACCUUUCAAAAAAUGUAGUACGAGUAUGGUUUUGCAAUCAACGACAGAAGAAGAAAAGAAUGAAGUUUUCUGUACAUUGAAUCGCCUAAACUAUCAAGGAAAUUAUUGGAAAUCUUUGUCCAACAACAGACAAAUAUCUCUACAAGUCAAGUUUGACUCAAAAUUCUAAUUAUAAACUAAAUAUCGUGGACCGAGAAAGAAGGGAUUAUUGACGCAGAGCUGUCAAAACGGACUUUUACUUCACAAGCAAAAAGUUUACCACAGGACUUGCGAUGUGAGAAAACCAAAGUACGCCGGAAAAACUCAGAUGUUUCAGUGUUUACAACAUCAUCGAAUGGGAAUGUUUUGAAUGGCUCGCGGCGAACAAUUAUUCACCUUUAGAGAGAAAGAUAAUGAGACUGGAGAAUUCCUUAGCAUUCCUCGUUUCCGCUUCAAUACAAGUUUAUUUCUAUAUUUUCUACCGAUAAGAAAGAAUUGUUAUCUUAUUCUUUCUUGUUCUAAGAGAAGAUUGACAAUUAUCAGUGGAAAAACUUACAGAAACUGCAGUUCUACACCUGCCCUAAAGAGAAAAGCCAAUUCUCGUGUUUGAAUGAACUAGAAUUUAUUAGACAAGCUAUAUGUAAAUUUGACGAAGUCUUUUAAAACCAAAUCUGUUAUAUUAAACAAUAUUGAAGUUUCAAUUGACGGUGGACUGAAAGCUUAGAAAAUUAGUCGUCAAUAAAUAGCAUAUAUUAAUGUUUUUCUUCGACCAUAAAAAUGAUCGCAAAAGACAUGGCUGAUGUAGCUAAGUUGCAUUUAUGAAGACAGCCUUCACAAUCACAGACUCUUGUUUCAAAAAGUGUUCUGUGAAGUUUGAAAUGAUCCACUCUUAAACUAAGAUAUAUAUUUUAAAAUUUUGUAUGUUUAAGGAAAAGUUUUAUGAGUCUGUCUCAGUGUAAAAUACUUGUAUAAGAAUUAGAAGCACCGAUUUCCGGUAAAACAUUUUCUUUCAAGCUCUUUCAAUUUCAAAAUCGCGAAUGAGGCCGAAAUACAGCCUUGAUAUAAAUCAAUUGUAACACACAUUUUUAUUUAUCUCUUGAAAGAUUUGUAAUGAAUUAUGCUUAAAUUGGCCUCCAAGUUUUAAUAAAGCUAAGAGAACAUGAA